UUAUGAGGGAAUCAGCUCACAUUCAAUUGGUUUCUUAGCUCGGAACGUUUGUUUCGCAUUGUGUGUUUCCGCCCGGGAACGUUUGUGGAAAGGACUGUUGGCGAUGCUUUUUGAAAGAACCGACUGAUACAAUAAAAAACACAUUGCUGAACUCGUGCAUGGCAACGUGAGCGAGUGAAGGCUCUGUAAAAGCCAGGGGGCUAUUGAGGUAGCGCGAGUCAGCUGGUAUAGACUGGUGCUCACCGAUGAUCUUGCCGUCUGUGGAACAGUGACGAGAUAGAAAGCCAGGCUCGGGUUUUAGUUAGCGCUGCUACAAAGAAGCUGUUAGUGCGAGGGACAGCAGCCAUGGCGUCCCCUGGGAUAUUGGAAGAGUCCAGCUCUGGAGACGUCUGCUCUGGGGGCUGCCCGGACCAGUGGGAAGAAAAAACUGAGGAAGAGCUGCAGUGCCAGUUUGAACAGGCAGCAAAACAUGUCCAGAAUGUGGCCAGUGUGGCAAGUACGGAGCAGCUACUGUACCUGUACGCCAGGUAUAAGCAGGUCAAAGUUGGAAGAUGCAACACUCCCAAACCUGGAUUCUUUGAUUAUGAGGGUAAAAAGAAAUGUAUAAACAUCAACCUGGUACUGGUAAAGAACUGGCAAACAAUCUACAGGACUGAAAAUAUCAUCUUUUUAUGCGGGGAAGCCUGGAAAGCUCUGGGAGAUUACAGCCAUCAGCAGGCCAUGACUGAAUAUAUUGAAACGGUGAAAAAACUGGAUCCAGACUGGAGUCCUCAGAGUCACUCUCUCCAACAAAGAACAUUUAAAUUGAUGUUAGAGUUUGAAGCGCAGAUAAAAGACAGCAAUAACGGAAAAAUAUAUAGUAGACAAAUACAAAGCUGCUUAGAAGAUAAAAGUGUAUUUAAAGUAAAGGCACUGGAAGAACCUUACAAAGAACCCAAAACAACUUUUGGUGGUCCAGUGGUCAGUUGCCUUUACAAAGUCCAAGAAACCCUCAGGGAAGAAGAUAAAGACAUAUUUGACUAUUGUAGAGAGAAUAACCACUCACGUGUAUCACAUGCAUUGUCUACAGGAUCCGUUGAUGUCAAUGUGGCAGAUGAUGAGGGCCGGAGCCUUUUGCACUGGGCCUGUGACCGUGGACACACCCAGCUAGUGUCUGUUAUUCUGUUUCAUAAUGCUCAUAUAAACAUGCAGGACUCUGAGGGACAGACGCCUCUCCAUUAUGCCUCAGCUUGUGAGUUCCCAGAUAUAGUAGAUCUUCUCCUGGAUCAUGGUGCUGACCCAUCCCUUGUUGAUAAUGAUGGUUUCCAGCCACAUGAAGUAACGGAUAGCAAGACUAUUGCUGCAAUGCUGCAACAACAUGCCUCAAAUGGGGAGCACAACAAACCCCCAAGCCUUCUCUUAGAAAUGCCACAAUAAACACACAAUGCAAGAUUUCAAGUCGGCUUCACUUGGGUUCCACAAAUUAACAACUCCUAUUAAAGAAACAUGUCUUUGGUUUAUACAAUGUGCAUUUGGUCGCUUUUUAAUUCCUGUUCUCUUACAGGCCUUUGGUUAUUACUAGCGGAAAUGAAGACUUUAUUUUCUUUAGAAAUUAUUUUAUGAGUAAUGAUGAACCAUUCAUGAAUAUUAAGUGUUGUGAUAUUAAUAAACAGGAUUUGCUUUCA